CAUCCAACCCCCAACCCCUGCACCUCGGUGCCAUGUCGAUCUUCAAAGACUUGUUGGAUCCGCAGCACCGGCGCAGGCGCCUGAGACACCCCGUGGAAUACACCGAUGUCGAGGCAGCGGAAGCCUUACAGCCUCAGAAGGAGCUGGCGGUGCUGCUGCGGGAGGUGUCAGGCAAGAUCACAGAGCACCUGGGACAGUUGGCUUUAGCCCAGCGGCAGCUGAUGCAGGGCUUACAGGAGUACCUGGGGGUGGUGGACGUGACCGGCGUGGAUGUGGCGGCCAUGGCAUUAGUGCAGGAGUGUGCCAGUGCUAUCGAGCACUUCGACAGCUGCCUCAAAGAGGCGGCUUUGCCGGAGAUGCAAAAGGCCUGCGAAGAAGUGGUCCAGGAGUGUGAGAACCUCCUGAGCCUGCGCCAGGACCGCGACAAGGCGCUGCGCGAACGUCAGCACUACGAGGAAAAGCUGCAAGAUUUGCAAAGUGCUCGACCAGGUGUCAUCACUGAGCAAAUCUCUCGAAACCUGGAAAAGUUGGAUCGCGCCAAGAUGUCCUUGGAGUCGCAGGAGCGCAAAUUGGCGACGCAGCUGCGUGUCUUCAUGUACCGACGCCCCGUGCAUUUCAGGCAGAUGUUCCUGGCGCUGUUCCGGAAGUACCUGGGAUUCUGGACGCAAACGGCCAAGCACAGCGAAAAAGCCUUGGAACUCAUCAAGGCGGAUCUCAAUGUGGGAAGUCGUGCACAGAUCGUGGGGCUUCAGCGUGCUGUGGAGCUUAACGGAGUGGAAGUGGUGGUGCUGGAAGAGGAGGAAGGUGGACGGCGUCUUCUGGUGGAACUUCCUGAUGGAGACCAGAAAUCGGUGCGGGUGGAGAACCUGUGUCCCGUCUACCACGACCCGCUGCACCUCGAAGAUGUCGACGCUGCCCCGUCGGCCCCCCCGGCUACCACGACGGGCGAGGCGGCGGAAGCGAAGGAGGAGCGGAGGUCACAGCUUCACCUGGAACCUUCGCGCGUGGCCACCUGCGGUGGCGAAGUCGAGCUGGAAGUGGAUGGCCUAGCUGGGCCCAUCAGCGAGGUGGUGGCCAAUGGCGUCGCCUGUGAAGUGCUCAGUCGCUUCGAGAGAUCUGGGCGUCAAGGGGCACACGUUCAGAUUCCGGCGGCCACUGACCUGGCUGGAGGACCCGUGGAGCUGGAAGUCCGUUCCGCGUCCUGGCAACGACACCUGGUGCGCGAGACGGCCAUGAGCUACUUCCCUCUGAUGUCCUUCAUGGCAUGUGGCUCCAACAUCGAGUUGACCAGCCGAAAAGGCGUUCAGCCGGACGUGGCCACUCGCAAGAAGGGCCUCAUCAGUGCGGUGGUGGUGACCUCCGAAUUGAAGCCCUGCGGUAACGUCAGCGUUGAGCAGGGCCAGCGCUUCUACUUCGAGGUGCUGAUCGACGCCUUGAGCGAGAAACGCACCAACCGCACGUUGGCCUUGGGCUUCGUUUGGCAACUGCCACAGGCCUUGCUCCUAGGCCCCGAGCCGGGCCGGAAACAGCGUCCGGCCGCUCUUUGGGCCCCGGAUGGGCAGAUGCCGGAGCAAGCGCUACAGCUGCCACGAUCUUUGGUGUUGGGAGGCGAUCCACCGAAGGCCUAUCUGGCCGGGAAGGAAGUGGCGAAGCUCAGCUGGCGUCCGUUGCUCGAGGUGACCCUGAAAAGUGUUUUGGGCGUCUGGCUGGAGAUGACAGCGGAUCACCUCACUAUUUCGAUCUUCCAGGAUGGUGAUCUCAAGUGCACAGUUGAGGCGCCAGUGCCCGAGGACUGGAAGUGGCCCGGGCUGGGUCCUCCCAACGGCCUGGUGGACGUCAGCGGCACCGUGACCUGCGUGGCGCUGCGCCAGGGCGCCGAGCCGCCGGAGUCGGAGGUGGAAGCGCUUUUUGGGGCGGAAAAAACGGGCGAAGAUGCCGGGGAAAUGGGGAGUUCACCGGGGAAAAAUGGUGAUUUGAUGGGUUUUGAUGUAUUUUUGUUGGGAAUUUUGGUAAAACUCGGAGUUUUGAUGGGGUUUUAG